AUCUUUGGGAGGAGCUGCGCGUGCGCGGUGUGGCGCGGGAGCAGGAGCGAUGGGGCUGGGGCAGAACAGCGGCGUGCGGGUUGAGUGGAUUGCUGCAGUCUCCUUAGCUGCUGGGGCAGCUGUUGUCGGGUACCUAGCUUACAAAAAAUUUCUCUCUAAAGACAAAUGCUGCAAAGCAAUGGUGAAUCCUCACAUCCAGAAGGAUAACCCCAAGGUAGUCCAUGCGUUCGAUAUGGAGGAUCUGGGAGACAAGGCCGUGUACUGUCGCUGCUGGAGGUCUAAGAAGUUCCCCCUUUGUGAUGGCUCUCACACAAAGCACAACGAGGAAACUGGCGACAACGUUGGGCCUCUGAUCAUCAAGAGGAAGGAGGCGUAGAGUGGACAGUAGAAGCUACAAAAUGAAUGUCUGACAAAUCCUCUGCUCACUUGUAAUUGGGGGAAAAACCACAGAUCCUUUGUCGUGUCACUGAAGACUUCCCAAUGUAGUAUAUACAUUAGGCUUCAGCAUGUGUAUUUUCUCUGGUGCUUGUUGUCUUUCAAUCACUACAGUGCAUAAUUUACUAAAUAGUCAUGGUUUAAAUUUUUGGUCCUGUAAAGUGUGUGUACCCUCUCACUGAGUAUGAAACUAAAAUGACACACAGAAUGUACUUCUUUGGGAAAUGAGUAUUAAAUUAUUUUCAAAUACAUGUAUAUCAAAAGGUCCUAAAAAUCCUGGAGAGUUUCCAAAGUCACAAAGCUGGGUAGAUUUCCAUGUAAAAGGCAGUGGCAGGGAAGAAAUCACGGUGCCAAAAUGCAGCUUAAUUAAUCUCUGAUUGUGCUGCAUUUUUUGCAGGUGUCAUGUGUGGCCUGUUACACUUCUGUGCUGCGUGGCUGCCGUAAAAGAACGAACUCAAAACUGCUUGCUAUGAACAGGCAGCAGAAAAGGCUGAGAGUAAGAUCGGGUUAGAGGGCAGCUUCACCUUUGAUUUUACAGCAGUAUUGAAACUUGACCCAACUUCCAUGUGAUAUCAAGAACAUACUACCCAAACCUGUAUUUAGAAUAGGGUUAGGAAAAUGGUCUCUGUGAGAGCUUUCUUAACAGACCAGUGGAAUGACACAGAGUGCUCUAAGGGGGAUGGACAGGGGGUGCCAGAAAACCUUAGUUUCACUUGCAGUCUCAGAGUGGAGCCAACUUCCCCAGACCACAGCACACUUCUGUGGGGAGGCUAUGCUGACUGAUUCCAGAAUCUAAAAAAAACCCACUAAAACCCCAGGCAUCAUCACAGUCUGAUGAUGGCCAUCACAGUCAUCACGGCUCUGGCCGUGGGGAAGCUCUCCAGAGCUGGAGAUCUCUUCCUGCUGUGGAGGGAGGAGGCAUACCUUUCUUACUAUGUGGCCUUAGGCUCUAUGUGUCUUAAAUAAGUCCUGCCUCCCUGGGCUGUUGAUGUGGUUCAGCUGAUUUUGCCAAAAAAACCUGGCAUGGACAAGGAAAGGCUUUGGAAACAAAUGGAAACAGAAAAGGAAGGAAGGAAGGAAAAGACAGGGAGAGCUCUUACCCUCCUUUCCUAUGGCACUUGUCUACUUGUCUGGCGUGGUUGCAUCACUGGCUGUCACGUUGGUUUCCUUAAAUUAAAUAGCUUUAUUAACGUGAAAAUGACUACAAAGCAAAACCCAAAGAGUGGGGUGGCAGAAGGCAGUUUUUUUGCUAAACCCAGUUAAUUAAUUUUACUGCAGCCUGUGUAAGAUUGAGCUCUUGAUGUCCUGGGAUAGAAACUACCUCAGGGCUGGAUGAAAGGCCUUGUUAAGAGGCUGACAUUUUAACCUGCACCCUUAAGGGUUCUUCACAUGAUGGGAGCAGUAAAGGUUUUAUUUUAUCUUUUUUUUUUUUUUUUUAAGGGUUGUUGGUAUGACUGGUUAAGACUGAAGAUGAUUUGCUUAUUCUCGAUGUGAGGCUUUCAUAGGCUGAGGUCUUGGCAACUGAUCUGAACUUGGGCAGAAGGUUCAAAAAGUAGACAAGGUGGCCCAGGUAGAGAAAGGGUUGGUAGGUGGGGUAUUGUAGUAGGGGCACCUCUACUUGAAGUUGCAGCCAAAUAUGUUAGUUUGUCUUUUCUGCCUGUCUUGAGUGUAAAGGUACUGGAUUUUUUUUUUACUUGGCCAAGUACCAAUGCAUAUGGAAAGUUGUUUUAACCUUAAAUUAUUGAAUACCUUGCUUUUAUCCAAAGCAGAGUAAAUUCUGUAUUAUUAAAACAUGACACUGGAUAUUUCUGUGUUUUUGUCAAAUACACAUUUGAGCUCAUCCUAA